CUUUUUUUUUUUGAAAAAGAGAGAGAAAAAGACUACUCAUACAAAAACCUCAUGGAACAAAAACAUAAACACUUGGUAUAACCUGCUAGAAUUUGAAGCUUCUCCUUCCAUGGAAACCCAAUCAAAUUUUCAUACUUCACAUCCUGCUUUUCCCAUUUCAGCUCUUGUCAUCCUAACCAUUAUUUUCACAGCUUUCUUGCUGAUCAGCUCCUACAUGUUCUUGAGCAAAUUCUGCUCUAACUCCCACCAACUAAUUAAUCUCCUCAUCAGACGUACUCUAUCUGUUUUCCACCAUGAAGAUGAUCAUGAUGAUCCCUUCAUUGCUUUCUCUCCAUCAAUGUGGAAUCACGGCCUUGAAGAUUCAAUCAUUUGGGAUAUCCCAACUUUUCGAUUCACCAGAAGAAGAUAUGAUGAUCAGGAGAGGAGAAUCUAUGGCUGUGUGGUUUGCUUGAAUGAGUUUGAAGAAGAAGAUAGAUUAAGCAUUUCAGGCACAAACCCAUCACACCCAAUUCAUAUCAUUGCACCAAGUUCUUCCCCACAGGAUAAUUCACAUUCAUUUACAGGUACUGAUCUUGUGGAUAGCGACGAUGAUUUUGUAGUGAUAGAAGUCGGAGGAGAAGAUAGGCGAGGUGUUUUGUUAGAUGGAGAAAUGGAGAGGCAGAGAUCAGAAAUGAUUUCAAGGCAAGAAAUGACUCCAAAAAAGGUGGAGGAGCAGAUCAAGAUGACAAGAAAAAGCAAACAUGUUUCGAUAAUGGGAGAUGAGUUUAUUGACCUUGUAAGGGAGAAAGAUGAUGAGUUUUGUAUUCAACCCAUCAGAAGAUCUUUCUCUUUGGAUUCUGCAAUUGAUCAGCAGCUUUACUUGACUGUUCAAGCCAUGAUUCAGCAGAAUUACAGGCAUGGAAGAGAGAUUAUAAGCAGUUAGCAAAUUAGAGAGUGCUGGUGAAGUAGCGAAGUUAUUGUUUUGCGUUGGGAAUGGGGGAUGAUCAAGAAAGUUAAUUUAGUUUAUGAAAUUUUUCUUGUUUUUCAAGAAUUGUGUCUGGUUUUGGCGGUGACAAUUAAUCAAAACUGGGAGUGAUUGAGAUUGCAGAAGGUGAAAAGAGUAAAGAGGGGUUAGAAUAUUGCUUGAGCAAGAAUGUGGGAAAAAUGGAAUGAUUGUUUCUGGAUUAUGUUCAUUCACUUGUAGAGUUUCUUCCUCUUAAUGAGUGAUCAUGAUUGGUUUCAGUGC